UUGCAGCCGCCUUGGCUACGGUGCUUCAGUGCGGAGCGGGUGGGAGCAGAGAGAGCGGCGUCCGGGAGCUGGGAGCCCGCUGCCCGGGGAGCUGCGGCGGCUGCAUCUUGGGCGAUUCCGGUCCUGCAAGCUCUGUGGCCGGCGUUCCGGGGCCUCUGCAGUCAUCCGGUCCCAGGGAGCAGCCAGCCGGACACUUUUUAUUUUGGAUGAAAGGCGCGAGUCCCGGCGGGAGCUUCCCUCCUGGCCUGGCUCGCGGCUCGUUGCGCCCCAGCUCUGGCCUCGACUCCGGAAGAUGACUUCAGGGUCCGCCGUGUGUAUUCCAGCGGCGACGGCUCCGGCAGGCAGCGCAAAGUAGUGACACUUGCUGGUAACGCCAGGUGGGAAAGUAAGCCUUGGCGGCGAGGAGUCCCGCUGUCCCCGCGGUCCCGGGGGCCCACAGCCCCUCGCCACUUCUUUCCCUGGGUUCCCCGGCGGCCGCAGCAUGAAGUGGCGCAGCGAUGGCCAGAAGAGGUAAGAAGCCGGUGGUGCGGACGCUGGAGGAUCUGACGCUGGACUCGGGUUAUGGUGGCGCGGCGGACUCUGUGCGCUCCUCCAACUUGUCUCUGUGCUGUUCUGACUCGCACCCGGCGUCCCCGUAUGGCGGGAGCUGCUGGCCGCCUCUAGCUGACUCCAUGCACAGCCGGCACAACAGCUUUGACACCGUCAACACUGCCCUGGUGGAAGACUCCGAGGGGCUGGACUGCGCCGGCCAGCACUGCCCGCGGCUGCUGCCGGACCUCGACGAGGUCCCCUGGACCCUCCAGGAACUGGAGGCGCUGCUGCUGCGCUCCCGGGAUCCCCGGGCAGGCCCAGCGGCCCCCGGCAGCCUGCCCAAGGACGCGCUGGCCAAGCUCUCCAUGCUGGUGAGCCGGGCGCUAGUGCGCAUCGCCAAAGAGGCGCAGCGCCUGAGCCUGCGCUUCGCCAAGUGCACCAAGUACGAGAUCCAGAGCGCCAUGGAGAUCGUGCUGUCUUGGGGCCUGGCGGCGCACUGCACCGCGGCGGCGCUGGCCGCGCUGUCCCUCUACAACAUGAGCAGCGCCGGCGGCGACCGCCUGGGCCGUGGCAAGUCGGCGCGCUGCGGCCUCAUCUUCUCCGUGGGCCGCGUGUACCGCUGGAUGGUGGACAGCCGCGUGGCGCUGCGCAUCCACGAGCAUGCGGCCAUCUACCUGACCGCCUGUAUGGAGAGCCUCUUCCGGGACAUCUACGCGCGGGUGGUGGCCUCCGGGCUACCCCGUAGCUGUAGCGCUCCCGGCCCUGGCUCCAGCUCCGGUUCUGGCCCAGGCCCCAGCUCCGGCCCGGGUGCAGCCCUCGCCGCGGAGAAGGAGCGGGAGGCGCCGGGAGGGGGAGCGGCAAGCGGCGGCCCUUGCAGCGCGGCUAGCAGCGCCAGCGGGGGCAGUAGCUGUUGCGCCCCACCAGCCGCGGCGGCGACCGCAGUCCAAGCGGCCGCAGCCACGGCCGCUGCCAACCACCACCACCACCACCACGUGCUCCACGAGGCGCCCAAGUUCACCGUGGAGACCCUGGAGCACACAGUCAACAACGACUCCGAGAUCUGGGGGCUCUUGCAGCCCUACCAGCAUCUCAUCUGUGGGAAGAACGCCAGCGGGGUGCUGAGCCUGCCAGAGAGCCUAAACCUGCACAGAGACCCGCAGCGGCCCAGCAAGCCAGGAGAGCUGCCCAUGUUCAGCCAGUCGGAGCUGAGGACCAUCGAGCAGUCCCUGCUGGCCACGCGGGUGGGCAGCAUCGCCGAGCUCAGUGACCUGGUGUCCCGAGCAAUGCAUCACUUGCAGCCCCUCAACACCAAGCACCAUGGCAAUGGCACUCCCCUGCACCACAAGCAGGGGGCGCUCUACUGGGAGCCUGAGGCCCUGUAUACACUCUGCUAUUUCAUGCACUGCCCACAAAUGGAAUGGGAAAACCCCAACGUGGAGCCCUCCAAGGUCAACCUCCAGGUGGAAAGGCCCUUCCUCGUGCUGCCGCCCCUGAUGGAGUGGAUCCGGGUGGCCGUGGCGCACGCCGGCCACCGCCGCAGCUUUUCCAUGGACAGCGACGACGUCCGCCAGGCUGCGCGGCUGCUGCUGCCCGGCGUGGACUGCGAGCCGCGCCAGCUCAAGGCCGACGACUGCUUUUGUGCUUCUCGAAAGCUGGACGCAGUGGCCAUUGAAGCCAAGUUCAAGCAGGACUUGGGCUUCCGGAUGCUGAACUGCGGACGGACUGACCUGGUAAAGCAGGCGGUGUCUCUCCUGGGGCCGGACGGGAUCAACACCAUGAGCGAACAGGGCAUGACCCCCCUGAUGUAUGCCUGCGUCCGUGGGGAUGAGGCGAUGGUGCAAAUGCUGCUGGAUGCCGGAGCUGACCUGAAUGUGGAGGUUGUCAGUACUCCUCAUAAAUAUCCAUCCGUCCACCCCGAGACCCGCCAUUGGACGGCUCUGACUUUUGCUGUGUUGCAUGGACAUAUUCCUGUAGUUCAGCUCCUCCUAGAUGCUGGGGCCAAGGUGGAAGGCUCAGUGGAACAUGGUGAGGAGAACUAUUCCGAGACUCCCCUCCAGCUUGCAGCCGCUGUCGGAAAUUUUGAGCUGGUUAGUUUGCUGUUGGAGCGUGGUGCGGAUCCCCUGAUAGGAACCAUGUACAGGAAUGGAAUUUCUACAACCCCCCAGGGUGAUAUGAACUCUUUCAGCCAGGCCGCAGCCCAUGGACACAGGAAUGUGUUCCGCAAACUGCUCGCUCAGCCAGAGAAGGAGAAGAGCGAUAUCCUGUCCCUGGAAGAGAUUCUGGCUGAGGGGACUGACCUGGCGGAAACAGCUCCGCCCCCCCUGUGUGCCAGCCGCAACAGCAAGGCCAAACUGAGGGCCCUGAGGGAAGCCAUGUAUCACAGCGCUGAGCAUGGCUACGUGGAUGUCACAAUUGAUAUCAGGAGCAUAGGUGUCCCAUGGACUCUGCACACCUGGCUGGAGUCACUGCGGAUCGCCUUCCAGCAGCACCGCAGACCUCUCAUCCAGUGCUUGCUCAAGGAAUUUAAGACCAUUCAGGAGGAGGAGUACACGGAAGAACUCAUUACCCAAGGCCUGCCCCUGAUGUUUGAGAUCUUAAAAGCAAGCAAGAAUGAGGUAAUCAGCCAGCAGUUAUGUGUCAUCUUCACUCACUGUUAUGGUCCCUACCCCAUCCCCAAGCUCACGGAGAUCAAGAGGAAACAGACCUCACGCCUGGAUCCUCAUUUUCUUAACAAUAAAGAAAUGUCCGAUGUGACCUUUCUGGUAGAAGGAAGGCCGUUUUAUGCUCACAAAGUGCUGUUAUUCACAGCCUCUCCCAGGUUCAAGGCGCUCCUCUCCAGCAAGCCAACAAAUGACAGCACCUGCAUAGAAAUCGGCUACGUGAAGUACCCCAUCUUCCAGCUGGUCAUGCAGUAUCUCUACUAUGGGGGUCCAGAGUCACUUCUCAUUAAGAACAACGAGAUCAUGGAGCUUCUGUCCGCUGCUAAAUUUUUCCAACUGGAGGCUCUGCAGCGACACUGUGAGAUCAUCUGUGCAAAAAGCAUCAAUACUGACAACUGUGUUGAUAUUUACAACCACGCCAAGUUCCUUGGGGUCACAGAGCUCUCCUCAUAUUGCGAAGGCUACUUUCUCAAAAAUAUGAUGGUCCUCAUUGAAAACGAAGCAUUCAAGCAGCUCCUCUAUGACAAAAAUGGUGAAGGGACGGGCCAGGAUGUGCUUCAGGACUUACAGAGGACGUUGGCCAUUAGGAUUCAGUCCAUCCACCUGUCAUCCUCCAAGGGUUCCGUGGUAUGAAACACCCUGUGAGGGAAUGCAUCCGGGAACUUCCUGGUUCCCUCCUGCAUUGGCUCCACACAAAUUGCACACACAAAUUGCCCCUGGCGUCUGUUUGUGGCUGGGCUGAGGAGCUGCCUCUACCGCCUCAGCUGGUCUCCAGUCAGCAAAGUCGGCUUCCAUGUGCUCCUGAGAGAAGAACCUUGUGUGGAUUUGCAAAUUAUACCACAGCUGGGUGCAGAACCUACAGGCCAACUCACAGCAGCCAAGCCACCUCCAGUGGAAAGUGCCCAGGAUCCCUGGACGUCUGCUGUAUACCUGCUGCCAGGACCACCGUCCAAUACAUGGACCAAGGCUGAAAGGCCCCUCACCUUCCUGGUUGACUGUUGAAGAAUUUAAAAGUAUGACCUUGAAAAUAAUCACACUAUACAUGAAUGACCUUGGUGGCUGGACUUAAGCAGGCAUCAACCAUGGUAGCUAAUUGGUGAGGUUGCUACCUGGGAUAAGGAAAACAAGUGGCCAAUUUUUAGGGGUGGGAACUUUUUAAAAAUGUUCAUAUAGCAAACACAGGGCAGUCUCAUAGUUUCAAAUAUAUUUCUAAAAGCUUAACAGUUUGUUUUCAACUGAACUGUGAAUUUAGGGAAUCUUUGUUUUGAAGUUCUUUUCCUUUUUUAGACAGUAAGUCACAGGUCCACUCUGUGUAAACUUGCAUCUGACAAAUUACUGUUAUUCUCUACAAGGUCACAUAAUCCUGCCUUAGUGAUCACGGUUACACAAAAGAGGUGCACUGCCAAUUAUCUGUGAUUAUCUCUAAUCCCAUAGUUGACAACAACCUGCAUGCUGAUUGUGGUUUGGGGAGCGGGUGAGCCUAAAACACCCCCUCUUAACAAAACAUGCAUUUGCACGGGCCCACACCUACAAUGCCACGUUUGUGCUUCGUUUUCUUUUGCCAAGGUAAAAACAAACACAUACGUUCCAUCGCUUCUUGCUGAAAGCCCAUUUGGUGAAAGGAACAUACUCCUUUCUUUUCCUGAUUCUGAAUGGUCCUGGCGAUGCUUUUGCAGAAAUGUGUUCAUUGAUGAUACUGAAUGGGGGGGGUGGGGGAGCACGUCAGAGAAUUUACUAUUAAUCCCAGAGCUUCCUCUGUAUUCUCAGAAGAUGUUCAUAGUUUGUUACUAGCCAGAGAGUAUGACUGUUAGAUUAUUUUUAAAGAUGAAAUGUGUAUGAUAGCCUGGAUACUUUCUGUAUUCUGAGAGUGUACAGUCUACAGUUAUCUAUGAUGAAAGUUUAUAUCGACAGGGUUAUGUUUACUCUGCCAUAUAUUAUAUAAUAUAUAUAUAUAAGCAAAGAGAUUGGUAAAGUGCCACAAUAUUCCAAAUAAUUAUUGAGUUGCGGCUUUUUUUCCUUUUUCUCUUGUCCUUUUGUUUGAAACCUAAAAACUAGAAGAAUAGCUUUUAUCCUUCGGGAUGGCAAAGUUUUGCUGAUAAGCCCAUCUCUCAGCAUGCCUUUAGGAAGUUGUGUAGAACCCUAGAGUCUAAAGAAACAGCUGCCAUCUGUCCAUUGUCCCACUCCUUCACACUUGUUCUGAGGUCCUAUGUCAUGUUGAGUUUCAUGGGUGUGGCCUGCAAGGCACCCAGUCUGUGUCCAUCUGCAGCAUCAGCCCCUCUGUGAUGCAGGACCCGGAGGCCUCUUUUCCAUGUGAUCAUCCACCAGCCUCCCAAGCCCUAGCAUCAAAUGAGGAAAGAAACAACUGCCUGAAGAGGAAGCCAGUCACAGACACACAGGGUGGUACGCUGUCACUUGUCUUUGGAGAAUGCUACCCCAUAACCUAGCUGACUUCAUUGUAAAUGUCUAAUGUGCUCAGGGCCCCCAGGCAUUGCUUUGCACAUUGGCAACUUCCCCCAGGGCUUCUGUUACAAUUUGGUGUGCUUUCUCUGUGAUUAAAGGAAAUUAUUUCCCAC